AUGUUUGAUGGCAGAAGAAAUUUAAAUAUUGAUCCAUAUUGUAAUGAUUUAGAGAAAUCAAAAGAUGAUGAGGAUGAUAUUCCAGAUGAAAUUCUUGAAAGGCCAGCAUUUCAGUUGGAAAGAGAUGAAGCUAAUGAAAUGGUUGAGAGUCAACAUCAUCUUUCUACACCUGUUACCACUAGUACCAGUAAGUAUGUAAAUGUACAUGAUAAAGACUGACUGUGCCGACAAUACUGAUAAAUACAGUCAGUAAUCCAAGUUAAAAAUUGACUUACAUACAGCAUGUGUUUUUGGUGGAUAUUCCAUGAUGAGCUCUAUAUUGUAUCUUGAUAUAGGGUCUGAAAUUUAUAAUUUUUUUCACACUAUCCAACUGAGACACCAGGAUUCAUUCAAAGUUUAGUAUCCCCUGAGAAUCCAGUAUACCACUUCUGGAUACUGGUACCAUAAGUAUUAUACGCUGUACCAUCCCAACCUCGUACCCAGGUCUAGUCGCGAGUUGAAGGCACUUAAACUCGCGACUAGCCCUGGGUACGAGGUUGGGGCCAUCCAAGGUUUCCAUGACUCACCAGUUGUUACAAAUUACAAUAACAACAGGGAGACUCAACAGUCAACAACUAAACAAUUCUUUAAAGGUGAUAUAGUUUGAUAUGUUGUGAGAUGAGAUUUAAACCUACUCGACUCACAAACGGAUUAUUUCUGAGUAAAUGGUUCGGUUCUACGUUCACCAUAAUUAUGGCCUUUUGCCAGGGCCGCCGAGAGGGCAUGGGGGGGGACUAAAUUGCCCCGGGCCCCAAGGCUCUGGGGCCCCCUGGAAAUUUAACGUUGGGCCCCAGUCAUUUUUUUGGGCGAAAUAUUUCUGUUUUCGGGCCGAAAUGUUUAUGUUUUGGGUGCAAAGUACCAAAAUUUGGUAUGGAAAAUUGCGGAAAAGCCCCACGAAAGCAAUUACAACGUACUUGUCCGGAAAAAGUUUUUACAUAAAAAGAAAUUAUUGUCCGAAAUUUUUUUUUGCAAUUAUGGUCCCUAAAAAAACUUUUGCUCCGGGCCCACGCCAAGCUCUCGGCGGCCCUGCUUUUUGCAUCUUUCGAAAAACAGCAUGUAACUUUUGAGUAAAUUUUUCACAAGGAAGAGAGCGAAGAUCUCAAACUACCAAAACUUUUCUCACAUAUGCUUUGGUAUAUAUCAGUGUUAUUUGGCGGUACAAACUUAGAACUAAAACGUUUAAUUCCAAAAACCAUUGAUCACCACCUAGACAUGUAGUCCUCAAUGAGGAAAUACUCGUAGCAAACCGAUAGCACUCAAAAGCCAUCAGGAGCUUGUGAAAGGUGUUUAACACUUUGUGCCGCAAUGUGCCCCCUACUCAUUUUUUUUUACUUGUCUAACGCCAGAUGAUUUUGUUCGUCAAUGGGGAAGCUCUCCAGCUUAAUGGGUUAACGUUUUCUUAUAAAUGUUUGAAAUUUUCUUAGUAUACAGUCAGGAUACAAGUCAUUCACAGUACGUUUGGUACCAAAACCAAAUUUUUGGUAUCUUGUGGAUAUUGGGAUACUGCAAAUUUCAGAUAUUUUUUAUAUUUUGCAGGAACAUCCAAUCAAUGUUCUGAUGGGGAAUACAGAAACUACGUAAGUAUUAUCGAUAUCGAUGAUGAUAUAAGUGACAAUGAUGACCCACAACUUCAAGUGGCAAUCGAAGAGAGUUUGACCAAAACAGAUACCAAAGAGGAGAGUCAAAGUGUACAAGAGUUGUUGAAUGUCUUUCAGUCAACCAACAUUUCCACUUCUGAAUCGACUAGUUUAAAUGCAAACAUAACUGUCAGCAGAAAGUCAGUGUUUUCCUCGACCCAGAGAGCGAUAGGAAGAAAGAGAUUUACAUUCUUCAAGCGGGUUAUUAUUGCGUUUGCUGGAGAAGAAGCAGUCGAUGACGGAGGUCCGACUCGGGAAUUUUUCCGGUUGUUGAUGCGUGAAAUAAGUGAAUCCUCUAUAUUUCAUGGAUCUUGGUUUUCACAUGACCUUGGUCUCCUUGCAGACAGCCGUUAUGAAUUAGCAGGAAAGCUUGUUGCUUGGAGCAUCCUGCAUGGAGGAAGUGGCCCACGUUGUUUAUCAUCAGUUGGUUAUGACCUGCAGCAAUCUGUUCACGUUACUCUUGCAGAUGGUGUCAAUGCUGUUAAUGAUAUGGAAAUGAAAAGCAUGUUGCAAGAAUUCAUGAAUUGCUCAUCCGAGGAUACCUUCACUUCAUUGGUCAACCAGCAUGGUGACAAAAUUGCAGAAUUUGGUUAUCCAAAAAUCUAUUGUUGCAAUUUAUCAAAUAAAAGUGAAAUGAUUGAGUCAUUGUUGAAACAACAUUUCGUUUAUGGAGUCCAUGCAGAGGUGUCACAAUUCUUCAAUGGAUUAAAUUCCAUUGGUCAGCUUGGUGAUAUGAUUUUACAAAACAAGCAGUUGUUUGAUUUGAUCUUGGGUAACCAAAAUCCAUCUUUAACGAAAUCAUCAUUCAUGAAAUUGUACAAGAUCAACAGCUCAGAAGAAGGGUCCAACCAAAGAAGCAAGGAGGAUAGUACUAUCUAUUGCUUUGAAAUUUUCCUGCAAGAUUUGGAAGAGGGUGAUGUUACCGGAUUAUCACUUGAAGAUCUUCUCGUAUUUAUCACUGGGGCUGAUUGUCUGCCGCCAUUAGGAUUCAGUAAGAAUAUCAUUGUUGAUUUUUACAACUUUGAGGAAAAUAGCCGUCGCCGUCCCUAUGCAUCAACAUGUGGGCUGUAUUUUUUCCUGCCAAGAGGAUUUGAAGAUCCUGUAGAAUUCUCAAAAUUCAUGAGGGAAGCACUCCUGGAGUGCCAUGGAUUUGGGAAGCUUUAA